UCUGCUGCUGUGGCGGGCGGCGUCUUUUAACUUUUAAGUUUGAUUUUUACAAUUUAUUAAUUGUUAUGUCAUACGUUUAAUGAUUUUUUAACUUUGCCUGAAGAAAUACAAAUUAACUAUGGACAACAAAAAUAAAUGGAGGAAGAAGAAACAACGUACAAGAAGAGAAUUGACUGGCGAUUGGCCAGAUGAUAAAAUAAGAGAACUUAUUUAUAAUGUAAAAACCCGACCCGAACUAUGGGACGUUGGCAACACAAACUAUCGUAUUGCAAGGCCUCAAUCGUGGCAAGCAGUGGCAAUGGAACUAGGCGAAGACUAUGAUUGGCGUGAUUGUCGACUUAAGUGGCAGAACCUAAGGGUCACUUAUAAAUGCAACUUGAAUAAAAUAGCUAAAAAGAAAUCUGAGGGCACAGACGAAGUACCAAAAAUAUUGUGGAGAUUUUUUCAUUUGAUGCAAUUCAUUAGCAAGAAAAGAAAUCAUCACAAUGCGUCUAAUGAAAUGGAAAAUUCCAUACUUAACUUUGAUUCAGAAUUAACGACAGCAUCGCGUUCUACGCUGGAAUCAUUCAAAAACUAUGAGUUCUCCCAAUGCUCUUCUAGUUUUAUAAAACAAGAAAGUUCUCAAACAUUGGAAACACCAACACCUAUUUCAACACCAACACCUCAGCCAACAUUUGAUACCCGGUGUUAUGCUAGAACUAAACCUUCAGAAGAAAAUCCGCCUUCAAAACAAAUAAUGAAGAAUAAAAAUGAUGAACAUGCAUGUUUUGGCAACUUUAUCGCAUCUGAGCUCCGAAGUCUUCCAAAAGAACAUUCGUUUGCUUUGAAACGUCGAUUGAAUCGGACAAUAUUGGAAUAUUGGGACGAAAUGGAGACAAAAGCACAAACUGUGGCGGUUGCGAAAACAGAAGUUUUUGAAAAUGUUUUGUAGAUAUAAAAUAAAAUAACACUUAAUUGAUUUUGUCUAUUUAGUUUUAAUAAAUGAUUUUUGUUGAU